CCGCUCUGCUUAGCGCCGUAUAAAACACCCUGCGCGAGGCUAGGACCAGUCGCUCCCAGCUUUUCUUCAUCCUUAUAGCUUCAGCGUGUUUGAUAACCGCUUUGCAUUUUCCGUGGUCCAUCUAAGUAAAUAAAAAGAAAAGGUCAUAAUGGGUGACGAUGAAAUUGCUGCACUUGUUGUUGACAAUGGAUCUGGUAUGUGCAAAGCUGGUUUCGCUGGAGAUGAUGCUCCUCGUGCUGUCUUCCCAUCUAUUGUAGGACGCCCAAGACAUCAGGGUGUAAUGGUUGGCAUGGGUCAGAAAGACAGUUAUGUUGGUGAUGAAGCCCAGAGCAAGAGAGGUAUCCUGACCCUGAAGUAUCCAAUUGAACAUGGAAUUGUUACAAACUGGGAUGACAUGGAGAAGAUCUGGCAUCAUACAUUCUACAAUGAACUCCGUGUUGCUCCAGAAGAACAUCCUGUACUGCUCACAGAGGCUCCACUGAACCCAAAAGCCAACAGAGAGAAGAUGACUCAGAUAAUGUUUGAGACUUUCAACACUCCAGCAAUGUAUGUUGCCAUCCAGGCUGUGCUGUCCCUGUAUGCCUCUGGUCGUACCACUGGUAUUGUGAUGGAUUCUGGUGAUGGUGUCACGCACACAGUGCCAAUCUAUGAGGGUUAUGCCUUGCCCCAUGCCAUCUUGCGUCUAGACUUGGCUGGCCGUGACCUGACAGACUACCUCAUGAAGAUCUUGACUGAAAGAGGCUACAGCUUCACAACUACAGCCGAAAGAGAAAUUGUUCGGGAUAUAAAGGAGAAAUUGUGCUAUGUUGCCCUAGAUUUUGAGCAGGAAAUGGCAACUGCUGCCUCUUCAUCCUCCCUAGAGAAGAGCUACGAGCUACCAGAUGGUCAGGUUAUAACCAUUGGUAAUGAGAGAUUCAGAUGCCCAGAAGCACUUUUCCAGCCAUCUUUCUUAGGUAUGGAGUCUUGUGGUAUCCAUGAAACUACUUUCAACUCUAUUAUGAAAUGUGAUGUGGAUAUCCGUAAAGACCUGUAUGCCAAUACAGUUCUGUCUGGUGGCACCACAAUGUAUCCUGGCAUUGCUGACAGAAUGCAGAAGGAAAUCACAGCCUUGGCACCUAGCACAAUGAAAAUAAAGAUUAUUGCUCCACCUGAACGCAAAUACUCAGUUUGGAUUGGUGGCUCCAUUCUGGCUUCUUUGUCUACAUUCCAGCAGAUGUGGAUCAGCAAGCAGGAGUAUGAUGAAUCUGGGCCCUCUAUUGUCCACCGCAAAUGUUUCUAAAGACAGUUAACACAGAAAUGUUGUGUAAAACAAGAUAUUGGCAUGGCUUUCAUUUUUAUUUCUUUGGCGCUUGAUUCUGGAGUUAAAAACUGGAAUGGUGAAGAUGGCAAAACAUCCCAAGUUCUGCAGUGCAUCAAAGGACUAAUUGUAAUGUUGAAGUCAUUCCAAGUAUUAAGUAUCUUAAAAUUUUGCCUCUGUGAAGGCUGCCCACUGAAGGAGCACAUAGUUAAGACCAUGUGUAGUAGUAAGCUAAGUCAGUUCACUUCUGUGCUACAGCUUCAUUGAUACUUUAAAAGUUGAACAGCUACAGUUGUGAGUUUACAUUCCCUUGGGUGUACAGUAAGCUGUAAUGGAAAGUAUGCUGGUACCAGUUUGAAGGACUACUGUUGUACACUGACAAGUUCAAAUAAAGUGCACAAUACAAUGUU